AUGGUCUUCCUCAUGUCGUUGACCUACUUGACGAACCACUCAGAUAAGGACAUAAGAAGGUACACCUAUGAGGUUAUCAGCCAGACAAUCGCGAUCUUCUGUGCAGUGAUGAUCUUCCAAUACAUGAAUGACGUCACAGUCAAGGCCCGUUUGCGCUGCAGUGUGGACUCAGUGUGGACUCAAGUCUCGGCUUCAGCCUUCCAGGUUUGGUACGCUGCCUUGGAAUUUCACCUGUACUACAUGUCCUUUCAGGGUGCAAUAGUCCUCGCGAAGCACAAGCUGAAGGAGGUUGUCCUGCAGCAACUUCAUCCCCUGGACCACAUCGAGGUGAUCGCGGCCAUUUCGCUCCUACUGUUGCAGUGGCAGUCUGAUUGCACACCAGACAUAUGUUCGCAGCAUCAGCAUGUUUGGUGUUCAUUCUUUCCUAUGCAGAGGGGUGCAGGAAAAGUCGCCGAGAAUUGGAAGACUUUCUCGAGCUUAUACGACGACCGCAUGGAAGAGCUGUGCUAUAUCAUGUGGCAUGAGGAGGCGGAAGAGCCGGAGGACAACGUGCUGGCACUCACCCUGUCUUUCUUGACAGUUCAGACGGUUCGCUUUUGGAUCAGUGGCCACAUGCCUGACGUCGAAGGCACGAGCUCGCAUUAG